GCGUGACAAAUUUGCUAUUAUGGGAAAAUGUUUUUGAAAAAUGAGGAGGGGAAAAUAACAAUUGUGGAAUUUUAUGUUACAGGGCCAGAGAUCCUAUUGAUGGCAGAGCUGAGAGAGAAGCGAAACAUAAAACCUAGAAGAAAGCCAUGAAUCGUGCUCUUCUACAAAGAUUUUUUCCUUUCUGUACGCACAACCAUCUUAUCUCGCAUCCAACCUUCAAGCGAAACCCUAAUCUUUUUUCGUCACCUGCUUCCAAGUUCAAGCUUAGGUGCUUCUCAUCUAGCAAUGAUUCAUCUGAUCACAGCCAUAAACCUCUUCCUGAAGCAAGCUUAGCCAAAGCCCAAGCGGAUGAAGUUUCUACUAAUGUAGAGGAUGUGAGCAACAAAGAUCUGAAGUUGAUGAUAGAGAAGUAUUUUAAAGGUGAUGAAGAUACACUGCCAUCCAUCCUUGAGUCGAUACUGAAAAGGAAAUUGGCUGCGAAGCAUGAGGAUACAGAUGAUGAGUUGAUUGAAGAGCUUCAGUUCCAACCAUUAGAUGAUGUUACGAACGAAGAGUUUGAAUCAGAUUUUGAUGAAGCGCAUGAGACUGAUGAGGAGAUUGGAGAUUUGUAUAAUGCCAGGGAUAUCGUUACGAGGAGAAUGAUUAAGGAUGAGUACUUCAAUAUGGACGAUGGCAAGUGGGAUGAGAUGAUUAAGGAGGCAACAGAGCAAGGGUAUCUCAAGGACACUAGGGAGUGUGAGGAGAUUCUGGAGGAUAUGCUUAGCUGGGAUAAACUCCUCCCAGACGAGAUAAAACAAAAGGUGGAACAGAAGUUUAAUGAACUGGGUGACAUGUGCGAAAGAGGGGAGCUUGAAGCUGCAGAAGCUUAUGAGAUUUACAAGAAUUUUGAGGAUAAGAUGGUCACGGAAUGUGCGAAGAUGAUGGAGGCAGAGGAACCCCCACAGUUCGAAGAGAACACUAUGCCAGGCAAGGAAUCAAGUGAUGACCCUCCAGGUGAGGGACCUAUUCUUAGGUGGCAAACACGGGUUGUUCUUGCACCUGGUGGUGAUGCAUGGCACCCCAAAAAUAGGAAAGUGAAAAUGGCUGUUACAGUGAAAGAGCUUGGGCUUUCAAAAUAUCAAUUCCGUCGGCUGAUAGAAUUGGUUGGAAAACGGUAUCACCCUGGGAAGGAUGAACUUACAAUCACCAGUGAGAGGUUUGAGCAUCGUGAAGAGAACAGAAAGGAUUGUCUCAGGACUUUGUUUUCCCUGAUUGAGGAAGCUGGGAAAGCUAAUAAGCUGGUAGAGGAGGCUCGAACCUCAUAUGUCAAGGGUAGACUUGCAGCCAAUCCAGAGUUUAUGGAGAGGUUGCGUGCCAAGGUCAUGAGGUUGCAAGAAUCUAGUCCUGCUUCUGCUUGAAAGUGUAUUAGCAGCAGAUUUUUUGCGAGGAAAACAAUUUAUUGUUCUGGACAACUAUUUCCAGAUUUUUCUGGUUUCAAAUGGAUAGCCGUGUCUUCAGUUCUGUUAAUUUUGCAUAGGAAUGGUUUUUUCAUAUUUGUUUGGAAAACAAUUCUCACUGUUCAUGCUGUUACUAGUGAAUUUUGCUAAUUGCCGAUGUUAGUCAUUCAUUGCUA